AUGGGCAAGAAGUCCAGCGGUGGAGCGUCUGCAUCGGCGGGGAAAGCCGCAGCCAAGGCGGCCAAGAAGGAGAAGCAGGAGAAGCUCGCCUCGCGAAAGGCUGCAAAGGACGACAAGAAGAAGUCGUCUUUGGUAGCUGCCGCUUCCGCGAGUGGCAAGAGCGGGAAAGGAGGGAAAGGAGGAGGAGCAGGAGGAAAGGGAAAGAAGGCGGCUGCUCCUGCUGAAGAGGAGGAUCUGGAUGCUCUAUUGAAGAAGUUUCAGGCGGAUUGGGAAGAGGCACACGCAGUCAAUGAGGAGACUGUGGGGGGGCCACCUACUCGUAGAGCCAAUGCCACCCUCACGCCUUGUCCCCUCGGAAAUGAUCUAUGGCUGUUCGGAGGCGAAUACUUCGACGGAGACAAAGCUUUCUUCUAUGCAGACCUGUACCGGUAUACUCCCCCCUCUACCUUACCUACCCACUCCCUCGCCUCUACGUCUUCAUCAGCCGACGCUUCCUCCUCAGCUUUCACUGCUUCGGGAACAUGGCGCCACUACUCUUCACCCAACCAGCCCGGUCCACGUUCCGCCCAUCAAGUAGUCGCAGAUCCCCGACAGGGCGGUCUCCUCUGGCUCUUCGGUGGCGAAUUUGCUUCUCCCAAGCAGACUUCCUUCCACCACUAUCGAGACCUAUGGGUCUUCUCCAUCGCUACCAAGACUUGGGAGAGGGUAGACACGAAAGUCCGCCCCUCGGCGCGUAGUGGACAUCGUAUGGUCCUCUGGAGACAGUACCUCGUCCUCUUUGGAGGCUUCAUCGAUACGGGAGCUAGGACUACAUAUCUUCAGGACUUGUGGAUGUUCGAUACUGCGCAGUACAAGUGGUUUGAAAUUGCUCAGAAUGACCUGAAGAGACCGCCGGCUAGGUCGGGGUUUUCGCUCAUUUCGACACCAGAGGGAGUGGCGCUGUAUGGAGGGUAUUGCAAGCGUUAUGUCAAGGGGCAAAGAACACAAGGUGUCGCCCUCGAGGACUCCUGGUUCCUAAAGUUCCACCCACAGGCAGAUGGAUCGCUCCUACCUGCCAACACACCACAGGGCGGCAAGAUCGAGUGGGACAAGCGGAGAAAGAUUGGAUACUCUCCCGGACCGCGGAGCGGCUGCACGAUGGCCUACUGGGGCAACAAGAAUAUGGGUGUGCUAUUCGGUGGUGUGAUGGAUCGGGAGGAGGAUGAGGAGAGCAUGGAGAGUCUACUCUUCGAUGAGCUCUUCGGCUACAACAUCACUGGCGCGGGACGCUGGGUCUCUCUCAACUUGCGCAAGAAGAAGAAGCAGGGCGGCGCAGGCGGCAAGAAGAAGAGGGAGAAGGCGGCAGCUAUUGCAGCUGCCAAGGCGGCCGAGAUUGAAGCUCGAGUGAGGGAGCAGCAAGAGGAACAAGAGGAGGAAGCAAGACAAGCUGCUGCUGCCGCUGCCGCCGAGGAUCAAGACAGCUCGGAUGAAGAAGAAGACGAUGAAAAUCGACCGCCCGUCGACUAUGAGGCACGGUUCAAGCAGGCAUCGGCGGCGGCAGCAGCAGCAGCAGCCACUGCUGUUGCACCGUCGAAGCCUAGCCCAGGCUCUGCUUCAGUUGCUAUCGCUACCACCUCUGCGCCUCCCUCUAAGCCGUCCGCUCCCCAACAGCCGACAGAAGAGGACCUAGACGAGGAUCCAGAUCUCUCCCGUCCCCUUUCCCGCUUUAAUGCGAUGCUCGCCGUGCAGCGCAACGUCCUCUACCUCUACGGUGGCAUCCACGAGACUGCUUCCCGCGAAUACACCUUGGACGAUUUCCACGUUCUCCAGCUGGACAAGAUGGAGCGUUGGGUUAGUCUCAAGGAGUGUCGUAUCGAGGGUUUGGAGUGGAACGAGAGUGAUGAAGAGGACGACAGUGAUUCUGAGAGUGAGAGCGGUAGUGACUCUUCCUCAGAUGGUGGGGAAGGAGAGAAUGAUGCGGCUGCGCAGGAAGGAGAGGAAGUGCAGUCCCUCAAUUCCCAUUCGGAUCACGAAGGAGAGGGAGCAGACGAUGAUGCUUCACCGGAAGAGGUGGCUGCUCGUCUUGCCAAGCAGGAGCAAGUGAAAGAACAAGCCCGGCAGGCCUAUGGUGUUCUCAAAGGUGGAGCUACUGCCGGUGGAGAGACUUCGGCAGAGCUAUCGGAGGAGGAGAGACAGCGCACACCUAAUCCGGGCGAGACGUUGCGGAUGUUCUUUGAUCGUACGCGAGAGUACUGGGCACGUAGAGCCUUUGAGGGAAGUCAAGGCGAGGUGAGGGGAAAGGAGAUGCGCACAAAGGGAUUCGAGCCCAAGGUUGAGAUCAAUUCAGCUGACCUGCUCUCCAUCCUCGACUCCAACUUCUUCACUCAGCUCGCUUCGCUACGGUACGACGAGUACUCGCCUGUCCUGCGGGAGAUUGAGCGUAUCCAGGCUCAAGCAGGUCUGGACGCAGAGGAGAUGCGUGCCUCGGCUGCUCGCGCCUCGAAUGGUCCACUGGGUGGAGGAGGCGUGGGUGUCGAGAGUCGUAAUAGGAGGUAA